AUGAGCGCUAACGAUAAUUGCUAAGAUUUUAAUACAAUGGAUGAAUAACAUAAAUAAUAGAUGAUGUAAUUAGAAACAAUGGGUAUGAGGUGCAAAUAUUAAAUGAUUUUUACUAAAAUGGAUGCAGCAUUAUUGAAAAUUGCAUCAAUAUUAAGAUAAAGGUAUAACUUGAAUUAUAAUCUAAGAUAAAAUAAUGACAAGUCUUAAGCUUUAUUUUAAAUUAAAGAUAGAUCAGCAUGUUAAAAAUAAUUGCUCAUAAUAAAUGCAUUAUCAAUAGCUUAAAGAAUGAAGUUAAAAGUAAAUGGAUUAUUUAAUUUUUGUGAAAAACAUGCUCAGGAAAAUUAGUUUAUAGGAGUAUUAAAAUUAAAAUAUUAAGCUAUUCACAAAAUGUUAAUUAUUUUAAAAGCAAGAAAUUAGGAGCAGAAACUCAAAGAAGAAAAUGAAAAAUAUAGAAGAAAGAGUUCUUAUUUAAAUUGAAUUAGAAAGAUGAAGAUAUUGAUAGACAAAGAAAAAAGAAUGAAGAAUUAGAAGGAAUUUUAUAUUAAUAGAAGCAAAGAGAGAGUGAUUGCACAAUAAAAUUACAAUAAAAAAUGAAAUUAUUUUAGAGGUAUAAAAGUGAUCUCUUAGAACUUAAAAGAUAACCUACUUCGACUAAGAAUUCUAACUAGGAAAAUAGAGUUAACCUAUUGUAUAAUAAUUUAAGUUGAAAGAAUUAGAAAACAAUAAUUCCAUUUUAAGUUUAUAGAUUUAAUUAAAUUCCUAAUCCUUAAUAAAUUUUGUAAAGGAGAUGAAUGAAUUAUUAGACAGCCAUUCUUUUAUAUUGAAUGAGAAAAACAUAAGCAGCUUUCGCACAAAAUAUAAAUGA